UCUGGUUCUUUAUUCUCGGCAGCUGCAGUCACAUGAAGCUCACAGCUGAAGGAGGAAUCAGGUGAACAGACAGGCAGACAGACAGGCAGACAGACAGACAGGAGAGAUGCAGGUGGUGGCGUUGUGUUGCGUCCUGUUCUCUCUGCUGGGAGGCGGUGAUGCCGCUCCGGCUGCAGACGAGGUGACCUACCUGCCCGGUCUGCAGAAACAGCCCAGCUUCAAACAGUAUUCUGGAUACCUGAGUGUGGCCGAUGGGAAACACCUGCACUACUGGUUCGUGGAGUCCCAGAAUGACCCGUCCGCUGACCCGGUGGUGCUGUGGUUGAAUGGCGGCCCCGGCUGCAGCUCUCUGGACGGACUGCUGACGGAACACGGACCCUUCCUGGUCCAGGACGACGGAGCGACGCUGCAGAACAACGAGUACUCCUGGAACAAGAUUGCCAACAUGUUGUACCUGGAGUCUCCAGCAGGGGUCGGCUUCUCGUACUCUGACAAUAAGAACUACGUCACCAACGACACUGAGGUAUCGAUGAACAACUACCUGGCUCUGAAGGAGUUCUUCCGUCUGUUUCCGGAGUUCAGCAAGAACGCGUUUUUCCUGACCGGUGAGAGUUACGGAGGAAUCUACAUCCCGACGCUCGCCGAGAGGGUGAUGGAGGACGCCAGUCUGAACCUGCAGGGCAUUGCCGUGGGAAACGGGAUGUCCAGUUACGAGAUGAACGAUAACUCUCUGGUGUACUUCGCCUACUACCACGGCCUGCUGGGAAGUCAACUGUGGACCGAGCUGCAGACGUACUGCUGCAGCGACGGGAAGUGCGACUUCUACAACAACCAGAACAAGAACUGCUCCGACAGCCUGGGUGAGGUUCAGGACAUCGUCUACAGUUCGGGUCUCAACAUGUACAACCUGUACGCUCCUUGCCCAGGUGGAGUACACGAGAGAUUCGGUAUUGAACGAGGCCAGCUGGUGAUCAGAGAUCUGGGGAACUCGUUCAUCAACCAUCAGUUGACUCAGCUGUGGAACCAGAAGUUGAGAGGUCUGGCGUCUCUACACCUGUCCGUCCGUCUGGACCCCCCCUGCACUAACUCCACCCCCUCCUCCCUCUACCUGAACAACCCCCACGUCAAAACUGCUCUGCACAUCAGCCCCAAGGCCCUGGACUGGGUCAUCUGCAGCUCUGAGGUGAAUCUGAAUUACGGUCGUCUCUACCUGGACGUCAGGAAGCAGUACCUGAAGCUGCUCAGUGCUCUGAAGUACCGGGUCCUGGUGUACAACGGGGAUGUGGACAUGGCCUGUAACUUCAUGGGGGACGAGUGGUUCGUCGAGUCUCUGAACCUGCAGGUGGAGGUUCAGAGGCGUACGUGGCUCUACGAUGAUGAGGACGGUCCGCAGGUCGGAGGCUUCGUCAAAGAGUUUGACAACCUCGCCUUCCUCACUGUGAAGGGUUCCGGUCACAUGGUUCCAUCCGACAAACCAAUCGCGGCCUACGCCAUGUUCACCAGAUUCAUUCAGAAAAAACCCUACUAACCUCUGACCCCCGACUCUGUUUGGGCUCUUCGCGCUGCUGCACUUUGAUUUGAUCUGAUUUUUCUUUCUUCUCACUGCCAGCCAAUCAGCACAGCCCUGCUUUGUGUUGCCUGGCAACCAGGUUAUUUUUUGCAGGAAAUGAAACUUCUCUAUAUCACGUCAAUCUGUACUGGUGAUACGUCGCCAUUGGAGCGAGCACUGCCGUCAUGUUUUGAAUGUGAAACUUUUGGUGUUUUGUUUGUUUUUGAUAAAGGGAAAGAAAAAAAUAAAGUUUAUCUUUAACUGAC